AUGCCCUUGGCGCGUCAAUCAGGUCUGAGUAGCCCAUGUAUGUUCAAGGAGCAAUUGCUCUUGAAUCUUUGUCGACAAGCCAUCGGAGACUUCUUGGAUAGAAUCAGGUUCACAGCUACUCCUUAUCCGCACGAUCCCGAGCUUGUAUCUCGCGUCUACGACAUCGUACGAACUUGGGAUGCCGCGGCUUCACUCCAUCCCCACGUUCUCACCGCGAUUGGCGGUACGAUCACCGCCUACGGUCACAUCACAAACAUCGACACGAAGGUACAAAUCGUGCUAUUCACCACUAUCAUACUUGCUCUGGACGACCCCGUCAUCCUCGACUCCACGCCGUCUCGCGAAUUCCAUCGCAUGUUCUCUGCGGGCGCGGCGGAGAGUGGCGGGUCGGAUUUGCUCGGAGAGCUCAGGCGGCUGCUUCCACGCAUGUGGGACCAUUAUUCCCGGUUCGCUGCGAGUGCAAUUGUCACGUCCGCGCUCGAUUUCAUGAACGUGACGAUUCUUGAGAACGAGACGAAAGAGAUGACGCUCUCCUCGGAUGGGGCUCCAUUUCUCGUUUAUCGGCGGACGAAGACGGCCACUGCGGAAGCGUAUGCGCACUUCAUCUGGGAGAAGGCUAGAUUCCCCGAAGUUGGUAUAUAUAUACAAGCUGUUCCUGAUGUCAUGGUCUAUGUGAAUUGCGUCAACGACAUACUCUCGUUCUAUAAGGAAGAACUGGCAGGCGAGACAGGGAAUUACAUCGGAGAUCGCUCCGCUAUCGAGGGAAGGCCCGCGCUGGACACUCUGCGCGAACUCAUUGAUGAGACUGUCGCCGCUUCUGAAAGAAUCCGACACAUCCUUGGGGAAGGAGAAGCAAGAGAUGCAUGGGAGAGGCUACAUCAGCGCGCACACCUGCUGUCCACGGUACCGCCUUCAAGAGGUCAUAGGAGGACGGUACAUCUUGGACUGAUUUCGCUUCGUUAG